AUCCAUGAUAUUCGGCUUAUAUUCUGAGUUCUCUUUUAUCAAUAAAAGAGUCUCUAUAAAAGUGGCUUCCGAUUGAGCCACUUUUAGAGACAUUUUUUAGAGGCAUUUUUAUCGAUAAAAGAGAAUUCAGAAUAUGGACUUUCGCAUCGGAUUCGGUUAAGUUAGAUUUCCAUAUGUUUAUAUAUAACAGUUAUUUUGCAUUUACAUCAAAACUCAGAUAAUUCUAACUUGUGACGUCAUAAUUCAAUUGAAUGCACGUUGGCGUUUUGGUCGGAGAUGUUCUUGGACAUUCAUUCAAGAACAAGGAAGUCUUAUCAAGUCGCAAGAAAAUCUACUUACAACAAAAACUCGAUAUGUUGGAGGAAAUAAAGUGCGGAGAGUUUGUUAUGAAGUUUUCAAGUGAUUCGGCAAUGACUCGUUCCGUAGCUGAAUCCUUAAUUGAAAAACAAGAUCUGGAUAUUGUUGACGUAGCAAAACGAUUUGUGGAAAGUUAUUACCAAGAUCCCGCACGUGUUUAUGGAUUAAGUUGUAUACAGGUACUCACAAAAUUAGCAGGUUUAAGAGAUGAAAUAAUUGAGUCAGGAAUAGAUGUGAAAGGUCCAGCAAAGGAUUUGCUUGGUGGUGCAGAUUCUUAUGGGAAUGGUGGUGCAAUGAAAAUUGCACCUGUAUCGUUGUAUUGCUACAACAAUUAUGAUAAUCUUUUACAUUAUGUGAAAGAAGUGACGCAAAUUACACAUGCGCAUGAAUUGGGAAUAAAUGGUGCUAUAUUACAAGCUAUAGCAAUUCAACAAAGUCUAUGUUUACAUCACAGUGAAGAAUUAAACAUUUCUAAUUUCAUUGAUGAUCUUAUAAACAAAAUGGAUAAAAUCGAGGUUGAUAAAAGCCAACCAUAUAAAGAACGGUUAAAAAUAGUAAAAAAUCUACUUUCUGAAACUGGAGGUGAACCUAAUGAACAAAGGAUAAUUGAAAAACUAGGUAAUAAGCUCACAGCUUUAGAAUCAGUCCCUACUGCAAUUUUUUGUUUUCUAAAUGCAGAAAAACGUAUAAAGGGGAUACGAACUGAUAAUCCUGUCAGAAGAGCAAUUCAAUAUGCUAUUACUUUGGGAGGCGAUACAAAUACAAUUGCUAGUAUGACCGGCGCGAUAGCAGGUGCAUUUUAUGGCCAUGAAAAAUUUAGUCGACUACUUUUAUCACAUUGUGAACAAGCAGAUCGAUUUGAAGAAGUGGCUGAUGCAUUGUUAGAUGUAGCAACAUCCAAAAUAUAAAUAAAUAAAUAUGAUACAUAAAAAGAUAAUACGAGAAUUUAUGAAUAAAUGCUAUACGUAUAUCGUAAAAAUGCA